CACCUAAGUGAAACCUAAAGGAGGGAGGGGGCCACCUUACAAGACCUCCAUGCCAUUUUCAGUGCCCCACCUUCUCGCCUUCUCCCACGCUCGUUUGGACAUUCUUGAUCCGCGGGUACCUGAGCACCACGUGUUGCAACUUGCGGAGAAACUUGGAACAGAGGGUGGGCUCUGGCAGGAAAACGGCCGGCAGCGUUGCCUGGCGCCGAAACGCAGCUCUGUCCAGCUGCCGCAUGCCUCUUACGGAGGCCGGCGGUGCAAAGAAGGCCUCCAACUUGGAUUGCAUGGUGCACAGCAGCCGAGAGAGCCUUCUCCUCACACCUACGGUUCUCAUAAGAGCACGAUAUUCUAAUUAAUGCGCAGCUGGCUGCAAAACGGAGCGUGUCUAGCUAGCUGUGAUGUGUGAGGAAGAGGGCGAGCGUAAAGUCUUCGAAUUUGGCCAUGAGCACUUGACCUCCUGCAGCAGUAAAGUUGCAGGCUGGGACGACUCCUUCCACACGGAAGUGAGAAUUUGACCGUCUCCUACUGGGACGAUGGGAGGAGGCAAUGAGGGACGGUGUGUUCAGAUACGACCUGCAAGAAGUGGCAUCCAGGACAGUUCCGGGGCAGUACGGCUUUGUUGCUCUGAAUAACCCGAAGCGGUUCAGUCAUCGCAGACCUCCAGCCGAUAUGCAGAUGUUAGUUCAACCUUUUGACCCCAACCAGUUCAACUUCAACAGAGUCAAAGAGAAAGAGGUUCUGUUUGAAGUGAGGAGGAGGAGGAAAGACGAGGGGCAGGACACAGCAGAGGGAGAGGGUCACAUGAUUGCUGUCAACGUCAGCCCCAUUGACAGAGGACACGUGCUGCUGGUGCCUGAACCCUCGAGCUGUCUACCUCAGGUGAUGACGCUGAGCUCACUGCAGCUGUGUUUGGAGCUAGUCUCACUCAGUGGACACAGUGGGUUUUGCAUGGUGGCCAACAGUCUGCUGGCCUAUGCCUCAGUCAACCACCUCCACUACCAUUUUCUCUACAUUGACCACCCUCACCUCCCAGCCAGGACACUGGGAGGACGAGAGGUGAAUGGCACCAGGGGAUGCUAUCAGUUGACUAGACAUUACGUAAGAGGAUUUGGAUUCCAGCUGGACUCUGACCCCCAGAGUUGCGCAAGAGCGAUAUUCCAGGUCGUGUCGCUCUUACUAGUGUCUGGGGUUCCUUACAAUAUUGCAAUGCUGAGGGGACCCCCAUUUUCCGACCCCCACGCCCCCUCCGACCCCCGGCACCCUCCAAGUGCACCGCCCUCUCUCGUGAGAACAAUCCUGAUUCCAAGAAAACCAGUGCUAGGGUUGAAGCAGCUCUACCAGAGAGUGGGACCACCGCCGCCUCUCUUUGCAGCCUCCUGUGAACUGGCACUCGGCCUCAUACCUGUCAUGGGUGGGCCACACUUGUCCAAGAGAAUACUGCCUUAUUAUUGCUGCACAGAUAUGGAGACGUAUGCUACCAUAACGGAGGAAGAGAUCGUGGCCAUAUUGAAAGAACAGGAGCUGACUGAAGAUGAGUUCUCUGCACUAGUUGACAAACUGUCCAGCUACAAUGAAACAAAGUCAUGAUAAUUAUAUACUUUCUUGUGAUUUUCAUCGAAAUGUCAUGACAUUACAUGACCAAUAUCUACACAAACCACCACAUGUGCAUUAUUGGAUUCGCUUCAGCAAAAUGUUUCCAAAAAUGUGGCUGCAAAAGAACAUGAUGAUUCACUAAUAGCAGCUGUGCUAAGUGUGAACGUUUACAAUGAGGGGAGGGCGACUUCAUUCACCAUGGGUUGCCCCUGAAGAACGGCUUUGAUAUUGUCAACUGUCAUCUGCACCAUUGCCUGUCGGGUGGGGAGAGUGGCACUGCCAGUGUGGGGUGUGAGGGUUAGAUUGGGGAGGGAGAGGAGGGUGUGGUCACGUGGGAGGGGCUCAGGAUCUGUCACGUCGAGCCCGGCGGCAGAGAUGACUCCGCCCCUCAGAGCCUCGGCGAGGGCGUCCUGGUCCACCAGAGUCCCGCGAGAGAUGUUGACAAACACGCCAGUCGGCUUCAUGGCGGCAAACUGCUCCCUGCUCAUCAUGUGGUGUGUGUCGCCAGUGGCCGGUGCAGCUAGCACCACAUAGUCUGACUCACCCAGCAGACCUGCUAGUGUUGGAACAUAUGUAGCUCCGACUCUCUCCUCCUCCUCGGCCGAUUUUCGGUGACGAUUGUGGUAGAGUACCUUCAUCUCGAAACCAACCGCCCUCUUGGCAAUCUCGUACCCUAUCCUCCCCAUACCAACUAUUCCCAGAGUGGUUCCGCUGACCUGUUGACCCAUCCAGUUGGAGUCAAAGGUACUCGUGCUCGGAUUCUUGGA